AUGGCCAGCAGCAGUGAAUGCAGCACGGACUUCGAGGGGCCCGGAUCUGCUGUUUCCGGCUCUACUACAUGCAGUGCGGCUUCCGAGGAGCAGGAGUACGACGAGGACGACUUCGACAACUAUUCGGACUCGUUCGAAUUGGACAAUGAAGAUACCGAACCAGAAGUAUCCGCUGCUGUUGCGGUCGUUAGAUCUACGGGACAUGAUCAAUUGCAAAUUGGGAUCCGCGUACAGGUUUUCUGGAGAGAUGAGAACCAGUGGUUUGCUGGAGUGAUCCGCAGCGUCGAGGAGGGCAAUGAACCGUGCUAUAACGUCCACUACGACGACGGCGAACAGCAAUGGGAGCUGCAGUGUCUAUCAUGCAUCCGCCCGUUUCCUGUCUCGAUCGCUGGCACAGCUGAAUGCACUCAACUCCAGCAGAUGCUGCCGCUGAAUGCACACGACGCACGGGCCAUGAUCGGCAAAAGGGCGGUAGUGUAUUGGUCUGACGAAGGAGAAUGGUAUAACGGUAUUAUCAGCGCAGCUCAAGCCUCACCUGCAGCGGUGAAGAUUGACUAUGACGACGGAGCACAUGUUCCAUUCAAUUCUCCUGCUACGCCCGACGAUAGAAACACAGCAAACGCCUCUACCUUCACCUUUUGA